CAGGGUGUUCCUGUUAAAACACAAAAAGCUAAACAUCAAAUUGAGAAGAGAGUAAAAAAUGGCGUCGACGCUAGCACGAUCUGGUUUUCUUCGCAACGUCCUACGACGGGGAGGCUCCGGUGUCUCUUCCACUCCCAAACGAAACUUUUCUGCUUCCGCUGGUCAUCACGAUGACGCAUAUGAAACAAAAAAAUGGGAGAAGAUUACAUAUUUAGGCAUUGCUUCAUGCACUCUUUUAGCGGCUUUUAUUCUAUCUAAAGGCCACCACCACUAUGACGAACCUCCUGCAUACCCAUAUUUGCAUAUCCGCAAUAAGGAGUUCCCAUGGGGCCCUGAUGGACUAUUUGAAGUGAAGGAGGAGCACCACUAGGGAAUAUUAGUGGUUUCGUGAAGGUGGUUUGUGGGCACUGAUGUCUUCCUUUGGCUGGGUAGCCUCAGAAACAGUGAUUAUUGCAGUUUCAUAUUGUUUAUUGAAUUGAGAUCUAGAACUUGCACUUGGCAUGAUAUUUUUCAUGUAAUUUUCUUUCUCAUUAUGGUUGAAGCAAAAUAAAAUUGCCCAACAAUAUUAUGC